AUGGACGGCGGAAAUCAACUCGGAGGAGAUGACCCAGCUGAGCUGGUUCUUAUGGGAGGCAGCAAUGAGCCGAAUGGGGAUGGUGUGAAGGCCCGUAGGGAGGAGAAAUCUGGAGACAUGAACGGCGGAGUCAAACCCGGCGGAGAUGAACCAGCUGAAUUGGCGCAGAUGGGCGGCAGCAAUGAGCGGAAUGGGGAUGGUAGGAAGGCUCGUAUUGUUAGUAGUGGCCCUGGUGAGGUUGGUGAGCAGAGUGAGGGGAUGGAGAGGGAGGAGGAAAUGGAGGAAUUUGAGAUACGUGGUGAUGGCGCCAGUAACGAGGAGACGGAUGGGGAAGAGGGGGAGGGAGAGGGCGAAUGGGAAGGAGAGGAGGAAGGGGAGAUACUAGAUCAGGAGGGGGAAAAAGGAGAUAUUGUUGAGUCUGUCUUGAGGGAGAUUCAUGCGUGGGAGGGAAAAAGCAAAGGUCAACCUGUACGGCAGGGGGAUAUUAAGGGCCGAAACGGGAGGAAGAGCACGGGGUUAAGGGGUAAAAGGCGGAAAGAGGGGGAGAGGAGCGGUGUGAGGGAUGUGAGAGUCGGAGUGAUGGAAGCGAGGGGAGGAGCAAGUGGGUUCCCCAAGCCGGUCAGUCGAGGCGGGAGGGCGAGGGGACGACGAAGGCUGGUGGACAGAUGGAUGGCAGGGCUGCCGGAAAACACCGAGAGAACAACGAUUGAAAAGCCAAGUAGUAGGAGAGGGAGAAGGGGAAGGAGGCUGGCGGAUGGAUGGGUGGGUGGGCCUUGGGAGGAAUCCACGUCAGCGUUUCGGUGGGUGAACGAGGUGGGGAAGCAGGAGGACAUGUUGGCGUUUCCGGACAGCUACUACCAAUGGCAGUGGCCCGUGCAGAGGCUGGGCAAAAGCUGGCGCGGCAUGUUCAUGCGGAGGAACACACAAUACGACAUCAAGAACACCCCCUCGUGUCAAGGCAUCCUCCCUAAAUCAGCCUACGUCAACGCCCCCAUUUGGAAGUCAGACGCUGGCGUCUCAGAACUGAAGCUUCUGAGCGAGUUGCAGCGCAAGGUGGAGAAUAACGAGUCCAUCCCUCAAGACCUCGAAGAUUUCAUGCUGAAGGAGCGCUGGCUGAUCUGGAUGCCGCGGUUUGGGCUGGGGAACUCGCUCAGGGCGUACACUUCGGCGUUCAUCUUCGCGCUGCUGUCAGGAAGGCGGUGGCAACCACAAGCAGGUAACUUCUUCGAGAAGACGUGGCGCACGGACCCUCAGAUGAACCAGUGCGUGCACAGCGCCUUCAACUGCCGCACCAUCUGGUGCAUUCGCUCCAAAGUGCUCUCUCAGCUCCUCGGCAAGGGUCCCAAGCCAGGGGUGGAAGAGGUGGUGGAUAGAGAUCUCAGGGUGGUGCCGCCGCUGGUGCUACCAGGGAUAGGGUCGAAGACAGAGGAGAGGGAGGUGCAAGAAGGGACGGUGGAGCCGCAGAUGGUUAGGAAAGGGGAGGGACUGCGGGUGCAGUUUGACGUUUCAAUUCACAUCCGUGGGCUGUCAAUUAAUGUGGAGGGAGAUUACUGCAGGAACAGGGAAGACAUGAGUUGCCGGGAGAGGUCGCAGCAAGAGGAGAUGCUGCGUGUGCAGGAGCUCAUGAAGCCCACCCAGUGGCGCUGCAUCGCCCGACUGAUGCAAACUUGCAACGCCGUGCCUUUCUUCCCUCUGGUAAAGCAGGGAGUAAGCUGGAGAAAAGAAGGAGGCUUCAGCAGCGGAGGAGGCUGCAGGAUGAAUGGACAGUUGAUGAUUCUCUUCUUGUGGCCUCCGUUGUGCCACCUGGCGGCCCCUCAGCCACUCGUCUUGGCCACCUGA